AUGACUGAGGCACAUCCGUUGAGCGCCCCGGCGGCACCUGUGAGCGAUGAGCCGCUGAUACCGCCCGAUGUGCGCAAGACAGGCUAUGUGUAUGAUCCGAGCAUGACGCUGCACUCGACGCUUGCGGCGGAGCCUCAUCCCGAGCGUCCGGAGCGGAUCACGUCGAUCUUUACGAUGCUGCAGAUGCACGGCUGCAUUCAUCGCAUGCAUCGGAUUCUAUCGCGCGAAGCGAGCCUAGCCGAAGUGUCGCUUGUGCAUACCGAGGAGCUGUGGCAUUCCUUGGAAGAGACCGUGCAGCUACCCGAGGACAAGCUGCGUGAACUGAUCGCGUUCUACGAGGCCAAGUCGCUGUACCUGAACCGGUCCUCGACGCUGUGCGCGCGCCUGUCGUGUGGUAGCGCCAUUGAGCUGUGCAAGGCUGUCGCCUCCGGCCGUGUUCAGAACGGCUUUGCCAUUGUCCGACCACCCGGCCAUCAUGCGGAGCCGGACGGCAGCCAGGGCUUUUGUCUGUACAACAAUGUCGCCAUCGCGACGCGCACGCUUCUGCAUCACGCGGCUCGCCGCAUCAUGAUUCUCGACUGGGACGUGCACCACGGCAAUGGCACGCAGCGCAUCUUUUGGAACGACAGCAACGUGCUGUACAUAUCUCUGCAUCGCUACGAGAACGGCACCUUUUAUCCCGGCACGACGUUCGGCAACUAUGACCAGGUCGGCGGCCCGGAUGCGCUCGGGACCUCGGUCAACGUCCCCUGGCCGUGCACGGGUAUGGGCGAUGCCGACUAUCUGCAUGCGUUCCAGCAGUGUAUCUUGCCCAUCGCGUACGAAUUUGCCCCCGACCUCGUGAUCGUCAGUGCGGGCUUUGACGCCGCGGACGGCGAUGUGCUCGGUGGGUGCCGCGUAUCGCCCACGGGCUAUGCCCACAUGACGCAUCAGCUCAUGGCUCUCGCCCACGGCAGACUGGCCGUCGUGCUGGAGGGCGGAUAUACCCUGGAUGCCAUCUCACGCUCGGCCCUCGCUGUCGUUCGCACACUGCUGGGCGAUGCGUUACCCCCCCUACCACCCGGCACGGCAGCGAGCACCGCUGCCGUCCACACCGUCCAGCAGGUCAUACGCGCACAGGCGCCGCACUGGCAGUGCAUGCGGACGGCCAUGAGCAUGGCGCCCAUGUCGUCCGGUACGGGCGCGUGCCACAGCUUCUCGCUUCCUAGCCUCUUUUUGGAAGCGCGCGCCGCUCGCUUAUGGUCGUCCUACCAGCUGCUUCCCCUGCCCAUGUACAGCGACGGACUCGCCCCGCACCAGGUCCUGUGCUCGUCGUCCUUUGUUCUCCCGACGACCGACACAUUCGUCGUGUUUGUGCAUGAUCUAGGCACCCUGCACCAGGACGCGAGCGGUGCCCCGUAUGUCUCUGACGCAGCCGAUGCCCUCGUAGCUUGGGCCACGUCGCGCCACUACGCCAUAUUGGACCUGUGUACACUGACGCCGCUGCCGCGUGAGGCCGUGUGCAGUCCGACGCAUGAGCGUGUGCCAGACACGACGCCCACGCAUCUGUAUGCCCACAUCGAGUCGCUGUGGGACCAUGUGUGUGCGCUGUCCGCCGCGAAACGCUUUGUCUUGGUGGGCCUGGGCACGGGCUGCCAUGUGCUUAUGCACCUCAUUGCCGCGCGGGCUUUGCACCACCGCGUCGCAGGCGUCGUGCAGGUGCUCGGCACGAAUCCCAUUCCGCUCGUGCCCAAGUCGCAUCCUGAGCUCAAGUCGUGGUACCUCGAGCAUGCGCAUGUCGUGUGUCCACCGAACCAUCCUCACUUGGCGUGGUCGGACCAGGCGUCGUCAGGCAAGCGCCUCGGGCGUGUGCAGCGCGCCACGUCCGCAUGCCCCAUGGACACACUAGCACAGACGAUCCCCCUACUCGAGGACAUGCUGCGCUCGUGA